AUGCACUCUUACAAACCGUUUGGGAAUAACACCGGGAAUACUGGAGCACAGCGGCCAGACAGCGGGACGGGGGUGGGGGGACGGAGGCCAAAGGAAAGCCGCUGCUGGAAGAAAGAAGCGUCGCUGAGGGAAAGAGGAAACGCCUGCGUCAAUGUUUUUAUUCGACAGCGCGCCGUGAAGCGAUCGCGUCCGUCCGUUUUCCGCGAGAUCUCCUCAAAGUUCAGCUUCAUGGGUCUGAUGAACGGAACCACCGACACCCACACCAAUGUCUCCUGUACCUGUAACUGCAAGAGAUCCACUUCAUUCCAGAGCAUGGCGAUCACCCAGCUGGAGUUUGUUCAGAUCCUGGUGAUCGUGGUGGUGAUGAUGAUGAUGGUGCUGGUGAUCACGUGUCUGCUCAAUCACUACAGACUGUCUGCGCAGUCUCUCAUCUCUCGACACGGACGAGUGCGCAGACGACACCUGCCCCUGCCGACGGAGGGCAGCCUGUGGUCCUCGGACGCUCCCAGCUCUUCUAAUGUCAUGAGUGAGGGUUACGCUCCGGACCGUGUGUCGUCGUAUCUUCAGCGUGAGCGUCUGUCCCGCUUCCAGCCCACGUUCCCGUACCUCCCUCACGCCAUCAUCGACCUGCCGCCCACCAUCUCUCUGUCGGACGGAGAGGAGCCUCCUCCGUAUCAGGGUUUGUGUUCCCUUCAGCUGCGGGACCCCGAGCAACAGCUGGAGCUCAACCGAGAGUCAGUCCGAGCGCCGCCCAACCGCACCGUGUUCGACAGUCCGCUCAUCAGCGCCGCUCCGCCGGCGUACAGCGAGGUCAUAGGUCACUACUACCACCACACAUCAGGGACCCGACACACAGCGCUGCUGCAGGGAGCGAUACACAUCAGCCGCUCGGACGGACGAAACACACGCAACAAACACAACACCAAAGCACAGCACGUCUGACGCCGCUCUUCCUCUUCUGGAGCCUUCAUCAGACUCUGCAGCUCUCAGAUUUAUCAAUUCCCAGCUGGGAUUUCAUGUGGCUAAAAUAUAUAUAUAUGAGCACAUCAGUGUCCCUGCAGCACAGAAGCAGUCAUCAGUGUCACAGACGGAUAUUUGGAGAAAUACACAACAAUACAUUGUAUGAGUCACAAUUAUACAUCUUUCUUUAAU